AUGGACGUGUGUCUGAGCUCCGAGCUGCGGGAAGCACCGUGCACCCCAGAUGGCUGCUUAGAGCCGGCGGCGGCGGCGGGGUCUCUCCAGGAGGAUGGCACCGGCGGACCCCCAGGAGAUUCUAACAAGAUAGAACCAUCUCUUCAUAGCCUCCAGAGAUUUGUCCCUACAGAUUACGCCAGCUACACGCAGGAGCAUUACCUGUUUGCGGGCACAAAGAUCGUCAUCCAAGAAUCCAUAGAGAGCUAUGGAGCGGUGGUGUGGCCCGGGGCUACGGCUUUGUGUCAGUAUUUGGAGGAACAUACAGAGGAACUGAAUCUCCAAGAUGCCAAGAUACUUGAGAUUGGUGCUGGACCAGGCCUUGUCUCCACUGUGGCCAGUAUUUUAGGAGCUCAAGUCACAGCAACGGAUUUGCCUGAGGUCCUAGGAAACCUUCAAUACAAUCUUUUGAAGAACACAUUAAAACGUGCAGCACAUCUGCCGGAAGUGAGAGAGCUGGUUUGGGGAGAGAGCCUGGAGCAACACUUCCCCAAGUCGACGUUUUAUUACGACUACGUUCUGGCCUCGGAUGUGGUCUACCACCACUACUUCCUGGACAAGCUGCUCACCACCAUGGCGUACCUUUGUCAGCCAGGGACGGUGUUGCUUUGGGCAAACAAAUUCAGGUUCAGCACCGAUUACGAAUUCUUAGAUAAAUUCAAGCAAGUUUUUGACACAACACUCUUGGCUGAAUUUCCAGAGUCAUCAGUCAAAAUUUUCAAAGGAAUACUAAAAUGGGAUUAA